GUUUUGUUUCACGCGUGUUUGAUUGUACGCCAAAAUAUUCUUCGCUCUGUGUAAAUUAAUUAUUCGAAUUAUGUUUUUCAUACUUUUAAGAUAAAGAUAUUGAAUCAUACUACUGUUACGAAUUGCAAUCGAUUAAUGUUUAUAGAAAAAAUAAUUCGGGAUUUAAAAUUUUGUUGGUAAAGAAAAACUUUGUACGAGCAACAUAGAUGUUAUAUAUUUAACCUACAAUCUUAAUAUUGAAUCAUAAUUGAGCCAAGAUAUUUGAUUUCUGUCACCCUUUUAAGACCAAGUUCAGUAUUUACUGCACUCGCUGUUGGUCCAUUUUCUCCCACAGUUUUUGCCUUCUUUAAUUUCGUAAAUAUCUGGUAUUUUAAGAAACUGCUGCAACAUGCAGGAAAUAAUUCCUGGUUUGUACUUGGGUUCUGUUUUUACUGCUAAAGAAUCAAAACUUAGUCAACUGUUAAAAAUUGGCAUUACUCAUGUUGUUUGUGCACGACAUGAAAAGGAAACAACAUCAAAAUCUGGAAACUUUCCAGAAAAUUUUGAGUAUCUGGUGAUCAGUUUCUUAGAUGGCAACAUCAUACCUGUUUUUCCUAAGGUUAAUAACUUCAUAGAAAAGUGUUUCAGGUCUGGAGGUAAAGUACUAGUUCAUGGAAAUGUUGGAGUGUCUUGUAGUGCUGCCCUAGUCAUGGCCUAUCUAAUGGAAAACAAAGCCCUAUCUUAUAACGACGCGUAUUCGUUGAUAGUAUCAAAAAGACAUUGUGUUCAAAUGACUACUGAUUGUGUCAACCAACUUAAGGAGUAUGAACCCAUUUACCAAGCUAGAAGUACAUAUUCUAGAGGCCAUACAUCUAAACUGUCAGAUGACCAAGGCAAACUAAAAAGAAGAUAUGAUGAGGCCAUAGACUCAGAAACAAACAACCGUAUGGAGGUUUGUGAAGAAACUCAAGCAUGACAUUGACACUUCUGUUCGCAAAACACCAUCCAACACUGCCAGUAAUUUGCGUACCUGAAACCUAAUCCAUGAGCUUCAGAGAUCUUCCAGAACUACAUUUUCAUUUACACUGAAGGUACGCAACUCUCAUUAUCAUACGAAAGGCCUUAUUUUCAUCGAAUAUCAUAACUGACGAGUAAAAGCACACAAAAAUCCCAAAACUUUUCUUCGUGUUUCUACGCCUGCCAAAUAUUGUACAUAGUUAUGUUUUAAAUGCUAUUUAUUUUUAACGUAACUUGUUUUAAUUACAUUUGUGUCGUACUAAAUUUUGUAUAUGUGUAUAGUCUUAUGUUGUGAUUCAUGUUUACGUGUCUUUUCAUAAGGACGAGUGUAGAUGACCAAAUAGGCAGGUCUAUUUUUUAUAUAUAUAUAUUACAUGUUUUCUUACCAAGCAAAACAUUUUAAUACUUGUGUUCUUAUCAUAUCUAGUUACUUUAAUUACAUUCAUAUUAAUAAAAAUUUAUAUGUAUUUUAACAUAUUGGUUACCUUCUAAUAUAUACUUAAUUUUAAGUAACUUUUUACCACCCGCGUAUUUGAAAUUAAACUUAAGCUGAAACUCUACAUCUUUAAACACUUGUAUUUCUUUGGCAGAUCACAUCAACUAAAUUUGGCAUGUUAAUAUUAUGCAAAACAAAAUUAUUUGCCCAUUCAGCAACAUAUUUCUGAAUUUAAACUACUUGUCUUUUUCAUGAACUGAGUUGUUUAUUAAUGACAUUUUGAGGGAACGCUUUUACAAGUUAUGGUAGUUACAAAUAACCGAAGGCAUAAUGUCCAAAAUCCCUCUUUUUCCACCUUCUAUAAGAAUAUUUUUAUCUAUGAUUAUGUUUUAUUUUCAAAAUAUCUAAAUAAGUUCAUAAAGUGGCUUCUUUGUCCCUUAGUGACCUUGGGAAGAAGGAAAAAAAAAUUCAUAUUAGUGCCUGCCAGUUUAAAUGUGGGCAUAAAGGAAUAGGUUUAAUCUUUUUUCCAAAGGAGAUGAAGCCCAUUUUAUCCGUGUAGAAAGUCAAGAUAAUCUGCUCUCUACUAUAUAUUUUUAACUGAUUGUGCCAUGAUUUGAUGUUUUAUAAAAACAAGAUUAGCUUGUUACUAAUUUCCAUUUAUAAAAUUGAAUAUUUCCAACUUAUUCUGGGGUAUAUCUCGUCCACUCUUAAGGCAAGUUGUAGAAGUAAAAAAAAAGUAAUUUAAAAUAAUCAUUCAGGUCUAAAAAUGUAAUAUACCACUUGAUUGUUUCCACACUCAUAAUAUUUUAGAGAAAGUUAACUUGAAAAAAGUCCAUGCAAUUAUCUAUUCUAAAUUUUUAGGACUCUUAAGAAAGAAAAAAAUAACGCCAAUGAUUAAGUUUUCCAAUACUGGGAUUUUUAUGGGUGAAUUGAAGAGGGUUUCACUUAUUUUUUAGAAGACACAUACAUUAUAACAAAUCUCAUGGUGGGGUUUUGUUGUUUCAAAAUAAUCAAUUAUAAAACAGGGGUCUGUCCGGGCCAAAUUUA